AUGUUUCUCUUCGAUCACACUCCAAGCGGAGACGUUUCUAAGGCCGAACUCCAGAUCGCAACAGAAAUUGAAAAGUGGAUUCUUCGAUUGGCUAGCGCUCCAGCGCCAGUUCCUGGCUACACGUACAUACAGGUCAGAAAAUCUAGUAUUUACUAUUAUAAUUUACCAUACAACGACCGUCAUCAAUAAAAACUUUUUCAGCGAAAAACAGACAGUAAAUCACAGUAUAUUUGCUUUAUUUGCCACGAAUCGUCUAAUGUGGUUUAGCCCAGAUAUCUGCUAUUAGAGCAAUAAGUUGAAAAGUCGCUUUCCAUCUUGAUGGCAUUUCUGUUAUGAAAAUGCGGAUGUUAUAAAGCAACUACUUGCUAGAUUCCAUUUAACAUUGUGUUCCUGCCUUGUAUUAUCAAGGGUUUGUGCAACUCACAUUUAUUUUGCAACCAAUCGAACCUCUCGUUUGUUGUAGUCAUCUAAGUACCAAACUCUUCGUCUGGUGUUUCAAAAUUUUUUCUACCGAGAUGACUUUUGGAAAUGUGUAACUCACCUGGCGAGGUGGCUUGCGCUUCGGGACACGAUAUUAAAGCAGACACAUGAAAGGAAUUUGGCCGCUUGGUUCGCCUCGCCACUCGGUGCAGAAGUCGUUAAAAGUAACUAGUUGUCUCGACUAAUUAUUCCUUCAUUGGUAGUUAAGACUUCAUAGUAAUGUAUUUUGAGCAGUAAAACUCAAUAAAAGCUGGAAUUUAUGAACAAACUAUCAGACAACAGUUAAGAGCUUCUAGUUGCUAGAAAUUAACAGAAAACAUGGAUUCACAUGAUAUUCAUCUCUUUCAAGUCAGUUACACAUGCAUGCAUUCAAUUUUCAUUAAAAGGAAGAAUAUGAAACUCAGUAGCCUCCUAGGGGCAUAUGCCUCACGGAGAAUUUGAAAGUGAUGUAAUGUACGAAACGUUUUCAUACAUUUAAAAGGCUGCUGUUGUGUAAACGAAAGAUGCUGAUCAGAAAGCUAGGAGAGUUUGUCACCAGGUAAACUGCGUUUUUUUCCUUUAGCAACGUUUCAUCUCCUCUUCGAACUGAUCUUCAAAUGCGACAUUUAAAUAGUCUACUAUGUAUAGAUCAGGUACUCAGGUUAUUGUUUGGACUGUCGGUAAACUAACAAUAGUUCAUCUGGCAGAGCCAUAGGCUGAGGAUACCUCUACAUCACUUGAUAUACGGACUUCAGUAUAUUAACUGCGGUGCUUAAGAAUGCAGGCGAAAUCUUUCUCCUUUAACGUUUAUUGUGGAUGACCCGAAUCCACCUAGUUUUAUCUAUGUAAAAAGCAGCCAAUUCAUGGGUGUGUAACCGAGCAACCGUCUGCUUACUUACUACACUUACUUCAGUCAAAAGUAUUUCAUUUUCUCCUACUCUUUACACUUGCAGCUUUCUCUUCUACCGGAGCAGAUCGAAAACCCGCUAAUCUUUGCUCUUCCAGACAAAAGUCGUCUUGCACUGCUUGACUUCCCCUUCAAUCUUCCAUUUGAACUGUUGGGCGUCGAAAAGUGUCUACAGGUCAUCCUCGCAAUAAUCCUAGAACAGAAGGUGCUUUUUUCUGUCUUUACACAUUUCUUGCCCAUUUUGUGACUUUUAGGCUUAAAUCGUUUUUCUGGGUUUACUCUAAGGUAUUGGUCAAAUCGAGGGAUUACAACGCCCUGACCAUGUCUGUCCUUGCCUUGGUUGCAAUGCUCUACCCUUUGCAGUACAUGUUUCCGGUCAUCCCGCUUCUGCCUACGUCACUUCCCGGCGCCGAACAGGUUUGUUAA